CAUCUCCUCCUCUAUUGCUUUUAUCUCUCUACCUCUCUCUCUCUGUCUCCGUGUUAGAGAACCAGAACAAAGCCGUAGCAAAAUCUCACCAUGGGUAAGGUCAAAGGAAAGCAUCGUUUGGAUAAGUACUAUCGUCUCGCAAAGGAGCGUGGAUUCCGUUCUCGAGCUUCUUACAAGCUUCUCCAGAUCGAUGCAAAGUACUCAUUUCUCCACUCUUCCAGAGGCGUUCUCGAUCUCUGCGCCGCCCCCGGUGGUUGGAUGCAAGUCGCCAUCGAGAAAGUUCCCGUCGGCAGCCUUGUUCUCGGAAUCGAUCUUGUUCCGAUCAUCCCGGUGCGUGGAUGUAUUGCUAUCCAGCAGGAUAUCACACGAACUGAGUGUAGAUCGAAGAUUAAGCAAGUGAUGGAACAGCAUGGUGUUAGGGCUUUUGAUCUUGUUCUUCAUGAUGGGUCUCCUAAUGUUGGUGGUGCUUGGGCUCAAGAAGCUAUGAGUCAGAAUGCUUUGGUUAUUGAUUCUGUUAAAUUAGCCACUCAGUUCUUAGCUAAAAAAGGGAAUUUAAUCACUAAGGUUUUCAGGUCUCGAGAUUACAACUCUGUUUACUACUGUCUUAAACGGCUAUUUGAAAAGGUUGACGUGUUUAAGCCGCCAGCUAGUCGUUCAGCAUCUGCAGAAACAUAUCUUGUGGGUUCGAAUUACCUAGCCCCUGCCAAUAUUGAUCCCCGUCUUCUUGAUUAUAGACAUCUCUUUAAGGAGACAGCAGAGCCCACGACAAUGGUGGUGGAUGUGCUUGGAGGAUCAAAACAGAAGAGAAGACGUGAUGGGUAUAAAGAUGGAGAGUCCAUUUUGAGAAGUGUUGCAUCUGCUGCUGAUUUCAUUUGGUCCGAAAGUCCUCUUGAGGUUCUUGGCACGGUUACUUGUAUAUCCUUUGAUGAUCAAGCCUCUCUACCUUUAAAGGAACAUGAUUUGACUACAGAGGAGGUUAAAAUUCUAUGUGACGAUCUUCCUGUUUUGGGGAAGAAUGACUUCAAGCAUCUCUUAAAAUGGCGUAUGCAAAUCAGGAAAGCUCUGACUCCUGAAAAAAAGGAAGUCGCUAAAACGGAGCCUGAUGUGGGAAAGGAAGAUGAGGAAAAUGAUGAUGAUAAACUACUCAAUGAAUUGGAAGAGCUGACAAACACAGUUGACCGCAAGAAGAAACAAGCAAAGAAGAUUCUUGCCAAACGAAGGGCUAAGGAUAAGACGCGGAAGGCGACUAAUCCGCAGAUGGAUGUACUUGAAGAUGGUUUUGUCGACCAUGACUUGUUCUCUCUUUCUGCUAUCAAGGGAAAGAAAGAUCUAAUGGCAGUUGACAAUGACGAAGAUGAUAAUGGCAAUGCCGUUGACAGUGAGAACGAAGACGGUGGUGAGGUAGCUUCAGAUGACUCCAAAGAUAGUGACUUAGAUUCCGAUGAAGAACGUCAGAAAUAUUCUGAACAAAUGGAAGAGAUUUUUGAUGAGGCAUAUGAGCGGUAUAUGGUGAAGAAAGAAGGAAGCGCAAAGCAAAGGAAGCGAGCUAGGCAGGCUCAUGCUGAAAAGCUGGAGGACGGUGAUGGAGAUGAAGAAAUGAAAAUCGAUUACGAUUCAGAUCUGAAUGAAGAAAAGGAUGAGGCAAACCCUCUUAUGGUACCACUUGAUGAUGGAGAGACCCAAACAAAGGAGGAAAUAUCCAACCAGUGGUUCAGUCAGGAUAUAUUUGCAGAAGCCGUGGAAGAAGGAGACUUGACAAAAGAUGAUGGGGAAGACGAAACACGAUUUGAGAAAAAGAGCAAAGAUCUGCCUAAAGCUGACAAGCCAAAGAAGAAGGCGUCAAAAGAAAGCGUGUUGUCUGAUCAGAGCUUGCCCAAUAGCAUUAAGAAGGAAAACGAUUUUGAGGUAGUCCCUACAGCAGCCACAGAUUCAGACUCAGAUUCAUCCUCUGAAGAUGAUAUUCAUACAAAGGCUGAGAUACUGGCAUGUGCCAAGAAAAUGCUAAGGAAGAAGCAGAGAGAACAGAUGCUUGAUGAUGCGUAUAACAAAUACAUGUUUGAUGAUGAAGGUUUACCCAAAUGGUUUUUGGACGACGAGAAGCAGCACAGACAACCGAUGAAACCCGUUACGAAAGAAGAAGUUAAUGCAAUGAAAGCUCAGUUCAAAGAGAUUAACGCUCGUCCAGCCAAGAAGGUGGUGGAGGCCAAGGCAAGAAAGAAGCGAGCUGCUCAGAAAAGACUGGAGAAAGUGAGGAAGAAGGCAAACACGAUUUCAGAGACGCCGGAUAUAGCAGACCGGUCAAAGGACAAGAUGAUAGACAAGCUGUACAAGAAAGCAGCAGAGCCAAGGAAGCCUAGGAAAGAACUGGUUGUGUCUAAGAAAGGAGUUGGGGUUAAGGUUGGAAAGGGACAGAAGAGAGUGGAUAGGAGGAUGAAGAGUGAUGCUAGGAAGCGUGGGGGAGGCAAACCCGGUAGAAACGGGCAGAAGGGCAAACCGGGUAAAGGAAAAAGACCGGCUGGUAAACCACGUGGGAAGAAACCCGGUUAAUGCCCCUCGAUGUUUGAAUGACGCGAAAAAGAUUGAAAGUUUUUGUUCCUUAUUUAAUUUUAAGUUUUUGGCAAUUCUUGACAUCAGGAUUUUUGUUCUUUAAUCAUAAUUUAUGUUUGUCAUGUCCUAAGUUAAAACUUAGUGCAUCUAUCUAUCUU